ACGAGAAGCACAAUGCCGCGGGUAAUGGAUGACGAGUAUGUGACAGGGGCAGGCGGGAGCGGCGAGUCAGAUGACGACGGUGAGGAGAUGCUGUCGGACGACGCAGACGACUACCGGCCGAGCACGUCCAAGAAGCGGGCAGGAGCAGGCCGAGGAGCCAAUGCUGCGAGAAGUGGUGCAGCAGCGCGAAAGUCAGGAAGUCAAAAGGCAAGAGCGGGGGCAAAAGGAGGGCAGAAACCAUCGUUGGGCAAAGACAAGGGCUAUGCAUGGGAGGCAACGUACAAGAGGAGCUGGGAUGCCGUGCGAGAAGACGAGGGCGGGAGCCUGGCAGGCGCAGUCCGAGGACUUCUGGAAGCGAGCAAGCGAAGAAGAACGCUGCAUGACUCGGCCCCAGUUCAACGAGGCAUCAUCCGACACCUGAUCCUAAUUCUGGACCUGAGUGAAAGCAUGAACGAAAAGGAUCUGCGGCCCAAUAGAUUCCUCUUGACGCUCCAGUACGCCCGCGAGUUCGUGGCAGAGUACUUUGAUCAGAACCCCAUCGGCCAGCUCUCGAUCCUAGCCACCCGCGAUGGCGUUGCAGAGCGCAUCACCAGCAUGGGCGGCAACACGACAGACCACAUUGCCGCUCUGACAAACAAGCUUCGUCUCCAGCCGCGAGGGGAGCCAUCGCUUCAGAAUGCCCUGGAAAUGGCCAGGACCAAUCUGGGCCACCUCCCGUCAUCCAACAGUCGCGAGGUUCUUGUCAUCUUUGGCAGCCUGACGACGUGCGAUCCCAGCAACAUUCACGACACCAUCAGUCAUCUCGCGCGCGACAACGUCCGCGUCUCGAUGGUCUGCCUGGCUGCCGAGGUCAAGGUGUGCAAGGACGUGUGCAAAAAGACGGGAGGCAAAUUCGGCGUGGCCCUUGACGAAAGCCACUUUCGCGAUCUCGUCUUUGAGCAGGUCAAUCCACCCGAGAUCGAAGCAAAGAAGAAAAAGAAGAAUAGGGCUGGUGCGAACGAAGACGACGAUGGCAGGGGCCCACCAAGCGAAGGCGUGGACCUGCUCCAGAUGGGCUUUCCCUCUCGGCUGGCGACACACGCUGCCCCCACGCUCUGCGCCUGUCAUUCAAAGCUGCGCUCGGGAGGUUACAUCUGCCCGCGGUGCUCGGUAAAGGUCUGCGACGUACCAACAGACUGCCCUGUAUGCGGCUUGACAAUCGUCAUGUCGACGCAUCUGGCCCGGAGCUAUCAUCAUCUUUUCCCUGUGGAGAAUUACGAGGCAGUGAGCUGGGAGAGGCUUGCAACAGUAGAAAAGGCCCCAAAAGAUUGCUUGGGCUGUUCGGUUUCGUUUGAGGACCCACCACCUCAUCUACGACACCUUGCAAAUGGGAGCAGGAUGGCGAAUGGCAAUCACCCCCUUGCCACGUCAUCUUCUUCAUCUGCGACGGCAGCAGCGGCAGCGGCGGCGGCGGUCAGCGAGGCAAAUGUCGCGACAUCAGGCCGCUAUGCCUGUCCACGCUGCCACAACCACUUCUGCCUCGACUGCGAUGGCUUUGUCCACGAAAAUCUUCACCUCUGUCCUGGCUGCUGUUGAUUCCAUCUCUGGCCUCCUCUGCAUUUGUAAUAUGUACCAACACCCAUUGUCAUCAUCAUCACAUCAUCAACGUCAUCGUUUAUAUAUGCAUUGCAAAGGGAAGACGCUUUCU